AAGCCCUGCCCGGGCGGCGCGUGCGCGUGCGCAGCCGAAGCGGAGCCCGGACGGAGUCUGAGUUGUGUCGCAGCCGGGCUGAGUGGAGUGGAGCCGGGUGGGCACCAUGCUGUCACCCGAGGCGGAACGGGUGCUUCGGUACCUGGUGGAGGUGGAAGAGCUCGCCGAGGAGGUGCUGGCGGACAAGCGGCAGAUUGUGGAUCUGGACACCAAAAGGAAUCAGAACCGGGAGGGCCUGCGAGCUCUGCAGAAGGAUAUCAGUCUCUCUGAAGAUGUAAUGGUUUGCUUCGGGAACAUGUUUAUCAAGAUGCCUCACCUUCAGACGAAGGAAAUGAUUGAGAAAGAUCAGGAUCAUCUGGAUAAAGAAAUAGAGAAACUCCGCAAACAACUUAAAGUGAAGGUCAACCGCCUCUUUGAGGCCCAAGGCAAACCAGAGCUGAAGGGUUUUAACCUGAAUCCCCUCAACCAGGAUGAGCUUAAAGCUCUCAAGAUCAUCUUAAAAGGAUGAAAUUCCAGAAUGGGAUGGGGGACUUAAGACAGCGUUCCCCCCCUGCUGUCAUGGAGGACCCAGGACUCCCACUUUGAGACCUGCAAGGACAUGAUCCACCCUGCCGGAAGAUGGGCCUCAGGAAUCUGCCCCUGGAAAAGCCUCUCUCUGUCUGUGGGCUUGGCUCUGUGAUGGCAGCUGGGAGCCCUCCGCCUGCCAGUGUCUGCCGGGGCUGGAUGGACACAAGCCCCAUUGAUAGGCCGUGGCAGCCACCCGUGCUGAGUGGGAGCAGUGCCUGUGGGGGUGUGAGAAUGACCGCAGCAGGCACUUUUCACAAGGGCCUGCUGUUCAGAUGGGCUCCGCACGUCGGGAGCCUCAUUCCCGCAUUCCUCUGCAGGAGAGAGGCAUUCUCAGGCGGUGCCGUGGGCCUGGAAUAAAGCCGGAGGCUCGCAGGUGGUCUCUGAAUGAAGACAGAAUCUUAGAGCUUCCCAGUCCACCACAGCCGUCUGUGGGCCAGACACACCAUUCCCCUGCCCCGCCUCCACGGCGGCCCCCUCUGUCCCCACUUGCCCCAGGAUGGAGCCCAGAGUGGGGGAGUGGGUGCUGCUUAUCAAACUCUUGCACCUGCCCUUUAGUCAGGAAGGCCCUGCAGAGUCCCGCACCAGGGAGCACCAGGGAGCACCAGGGACGGGUGAGGGAGCUGCCUCUACUGCCUCUGAAGGCGGGGCCUGGGUCGGUGCACUCAGGGUUCCCGCCUGCCUUCGCUGGUCUCCGGUCCUAAUGUGCUGUGGGCAGCACGGUGUCUCUCAUGUCAGUGAGGGCUUAAUAAAUGUUUCCUAAACGAA